AUGCAGCAGUUCGAGGUGAUGACGGAUUAUCGGCCGUUGAUCCUCAUUCUCAACUCGAAAAGCAUGGUGGACAUCGAGAAACCUCGCCUGCAGCGUCUCCGGGAGCGACUCGGCCAGUUCAACUUCGUCGCCACCUGGCGGCAGGGAAAGCUGCACGCCAUCCCAGACGCGCUGUCUCGGGCGCCCGUGCAUGACCCAACGCCUGACGACGAGGAAGCGGAACAAGACGGCAGUCACCAGAUCGCCAGCAUGGUCGCCAGGCUCGACCCGGAGAUGGUCGCUUUGAAAGAUGCCAUCUUGACCGGUUUUCCAGAGCAUCGGACGCAGCUGGAGCCGCUGCUGGGCCCCUACUGGGGCCUCCGAGACUGUCUGGCGGUGGAUGACGGCCUGGUGGUGUGCGGCCGGCGGUUGGUAGUACCGCAGUGCCUCCGUCGCGCUACUCUCCAGAAACUUCACGCCAGCCGCCAGGGCGUCGAGCGAACCAAGAGGCGGGCACGGCAGGCGGUGUACUGGCCCCGGGUGGACCAGGACAUCACGAAUUGCAUCGGCACCUGUAGCAAAUGUCAACUGCACCUGCCCAGUCAGCAGAAAGAACCCAUGAUGACAGGGAAGGCACCCUCGCGAGUGUUCGAAGCCGUCUCCGCGGACUACUUCGCCUGGGCCGGACGGACCUUCCUGGUCUACGUUGACCGCCUCUCUGGCUGGCCAUUCGUGUCACGGGUAACUGGAGAGGCGUCAGCCAGAGACCUGGUGAGCAGCCUACGCGGCAUGUUCGCCGCCACCGGCUUACCGGCCUACAUCAGGACCGACGGAGGGCCCCAGUUUAGCGCCCGGCUCACCCGUGAGUUCUUCCGCCGGUGGGGUGGGGACCAUCAACAGUCAACACCUCACUACCCGCAGUCCAACGGGCACGCGGAGGCGGCCGUCAAGGCCGUCUAA